AUGGCUGAUCGAAAGUACAGCCGGCCGCAUCAGCGGUCGUAUAGCAUGAUCGACAUGGGCGACAUCUCGCCGCUCUACCCGUCUGGCACCUACCAAACCGAGUCUUCCAUGCGCUCCACACUCGAACGACAGCUACCUCACAUUCAGCCCGGAGAUGCUGGAGCCCGUAUACCGAGAACUUUGCCAGAUCCGCAAUACAAUACUGUCAACCCGGAGAACCUUGACAAGGAGCCUACCCGCAUUCCAGAAGCUCAUCAGCCCGACGACGAGGACGAAGCGCAAAUCGCUCAAGUCGUCCGCGCUCAAGCCAGUCAUGCUCCGACGCCAUCUUGGACCGCCAUCAAUGUCCCAAGCUCGCCGUACAGACUCCUUCAUACCGACGCUGACACCUUCGCGCAGUCUGCAGGCUACAGUAUUUCCGACGUCCAAUUCCGCAUGAAUGAAAUUCUCACCUUGAGCGAAGAUGAAGUUGACACCUCGAAAGAUCUCCCGGGCGAAGAAGACGACAACGGCGUCUACCACAUCAACCACAAACGUCGGCCGACGGGCAAAGCUCGCGACGAUGGUGCCUCCUACUCCGUGGUGCUCGAGCGUGAUGACCCGGCAAACAUUCCUCCACAGGCGGUGAUUUUUUUGCAGAAGAAACUCGCGAAAGAAGUGCAGGCAGAGCGAGAGCUCAAGGUACCAGCUUUGGAGCAUCAAUUGCGUUUCGUGCUCGCUGCUGGAGCGAAGUUGAUGGUCGAGAGGGUCGGAGACCUGGCAUCACCGAAGGGAGCGCUGCAGUGUUGCAAAUAUGAAUCCGAGCCAAUGCCACCCGGUCGGUACUUCCUCUCCCUUCGCCGCGGCCUAGUCGACUGGACAGACGACCGCCACUUCCUCUUUUGCCUCGACUGCUUCGAGAAGAUGUGGGACUGCAAGUACACCACAGGAAUCUGGCCGCCCAAGACCAUCGAGCUUUUCUCUCAAUCGGACCAAGGAGAAGGGCCAGACAAAGGCCGCGCCGACUCUCUGAUCCAUGGAUAUCCGCAGUAUCUUCCAUCGAUCACCUACUCGCCUGGUGGCACCGCAACGACCAACCCGCCUGUCCUCGUCAACCCAGCAGCCGGACGCAUCGACAGCCUCACCUCACCACCAGCAAAUCCUCCCAUCACCUCAUCCGCACCGUCAACCCCGCCACUGAAAACACCCUCGCCAGCUCCGCAAGCAUUCAACGCAGAAAGCAGCUCUUCCACACCAGACUCCGUCGACUCCAAGGGCGACUGGAUCUGGCCGCCAGUCCGCCUACAGCACAUCUCCGAGUUCUUCAUCUCCAAACGCCGACAGAAUGUGGCCGAAGCGGAAGGAGAACAGAAGAAGCAAGACGAGAGUCUAGACUUCGGACUGCACGACAAGGACGCAGCCAAAGUGAGACUUUGGAAGGCUGUCAGCAGGGGGCAAACAAGAUGGGUCAGACACAUGGAGAGGACUAGGCUGCACAGGGCGGGCACGGAUAUUGUGGUCAAGAAGCCGGCGAAGAAGGCGGGAGACGAGGACGAUGAUGAGGGUUUGCUUGAGGAGGAUGUGGAUGAUGACGAUGUUUAUAUGGAGGAGCUGGAGAAGGAUGCUGGGCUGAAGAGGUGGCAGUGCUAUGGUGAGUCUUUGGAGGCUUCGAGUUGGAAGCUUCAUCCAUUAGUUGUGGUGUGGGAGCCUCACAUCAUGCUAUCAACAACCCCCACAGGUCAAAACCUACGCACAAUUUGCACAACUUCGUCGAAAACUUCGGAAUCUGAUCACGACCGACUCCUAGGCUUGUGCGAUUUUGAGAGCUUCUUUCAUGCUCGUGUAGUCUGUACAGACCGAAAGCAGUUCGGUCUCCGUGGACGAGCUGUCGUUCGAAGAGAUGUUGCUCGCUCCGGUUGCUCGGUUGCUGGAGUCAGGAUCGAGAAACCAGGACGAGAAGCCAGAGGACAGGUGAGGAUACCGCCUUCGAAAAGACGAAAGAAAGUGGCGGCUGGUGAGUUCGAGGUUGAGUCAAGUGAUGUUGUGGCACAGACCGACGCUUUUCACGAUGCAUACACCGUGAGCGACGCUUUCGAUGGCGUGCAGAGUGUUGAUGAAUUCGUGUACGUUUGGUGCAUCAUGUCAGUGAGCUUGUCCACCAAGACGGGCCAAGAAGUGGAGUAUGGCUCAUUGUUCGUGGACUCUGCUCACGCCGCGAUACUCUUGGUUGCUAACCGUAGAGGACUCCUAGUCGACUCUGACGUGCGAUCCGUGGAGGCUGACGAGACGGCGGACUUGGAACGUGUCCCCGGAGGGAGUGUCCGUGGAGCUCAGGAAUGGGUGUUCCUGGUCCUCUGGUCAAAGGAUCAAUGCUCGUUGGACGGGUAUGAGGUGGAGCAUUAUACCUUCCGCGUGGACUCCGCCCAUUCGGCGGUGCGGCUCUGGUGCGAACGCAUAUGGCCCUGCGAACCCUAG